AAAAAAACAAUGAUUUCGAGCCCCCAGAAAAACUCAUUUACUUGCCUUCCUUCAAGCCACUGUAACAUUCCUGCCAAGUCUUUCUCAUUAAGCAAAUACAAGAAGUGACACCAACUUGCCAAACUUCCAUCAAUAACAUGGCCACUCUUGUUACCAUGAAGACCGCAGUCUUAUCCAGACCACCCCCUAAUUCCACUCUGCUGAUGCCUGUUUCCCCACAGCCCUUCUCCCUGUCCCAUCAGAUCGGGAUUGCUAUCCUGGUUCUCGCCUUUGUCUUUGGUUUUCCUGGCAACCUGUUUGUAGUGUGGUCAAUUUUGUGCAAAGUUAGGCGCCGUUCUGUCACCUGUUUGUUGAUUUUCAACCUGGCGGUGGCUGAUGCUUUAGUACUCUUGAGCGCUCCACUGUUUCUCAGGUACCUGGCUGGAGGGAGGGGCUGGGAGUUUGGAUCUGCCCUGUGCAAGACUGUCCAUUAUCUGUGCUGUGUCAACAUGUAUGCAUCUAUUUACCUCAUAUCUCUGAUGAGCCUGGACCGCUGGCUGGCUGUCAACAAACCGUUUCUGUCUCAGAGGAUGAGGACCAAGAACAGACUCUUGCUGAUCAUGUUGGGCAUCUGGGUGAUGGCUUUUCUAAUGGCUUUGCCCAUGCCAUUCUAUCGUUCCCUCCUACAAAUUCGUCCCAGCGUGCCAAUAUAUGUGUGUGUGCCGUUCCACUGGAAAAGUGUGGGGCAUGAAAUCUUUCAGUACUUUUCUGAGACUCUGUUAGGUUUCCUUCUACCCUUCACAUUCAUCCUGGUGUGCUAUAUCUCAGUGAUAUGUAGGCUACGUAGUGCCAUGUUCCAACGCAAAGGAAGAGGAAGCAUCUUGAUCCUGCUUAUCAUUGGUGCUUUUACCGUAUUCUGGCUGCCGUAUCACCUCAUCAAUAUCCUACAGGUGAUUGGUCUGAUCCAGGACUCCUCUUCUCUUUUAAACGCUGCAAAAGUCGCCCGUCCAAACGUGACUGCAUUUGCAUUUCUCAGCAGCAGCAUCAAUCCUGUUCUGUAUGUUUUUGCUGGCAGCUCUCACAUCCGUCAGGCUGGUCUUGGCUUCAUGGCUAAACUGUUCGAGGCCACCAACUCUGAGUCCACCCGCAGCACAAGAUCUAGUCGUGGCUCUCAUGCAGAGAGUUUAGUUUUCAACAAGCUGUCCAUUAAACUUAGUCGUAAAGGGGACGAUGCAAGAGCUGAAACCCCUGGUGAGGUAGUGCACAGCAUUGAUGAAAUUAAAACUCUGACCACACUGCCAUAAAAGUGUUGUAUUGUUUUUGUAUUGUUUUUCUUUAUAUUUCACUCUCAGGUUCACUUAUAUUUUAUGUAUGCUAAUAAAAAGUUGACCAUUGCAUAAAAAGUAAAUCCUUUUAAUUUUUGCAGAAAUAUUGAAGAAAUAGCUUGAACGACUUUUAAAAAUAAAUAUUAAAUACCCUGUUAAAUACUGUGUUUAAGAGCACUAAACAUUUUGUUUCACCCCUGUUGCAAAGCUUGUUGCUUUAAAAACGCUACAAAAAAAAUCUGAAACGCUAUUUCUUUUUAAUUGUAAUGAAAAAAAGAGAGUUUCUUAUGCUCUGUGACUAAUUUCAUUCAGUAUAUCUUGCUGUUAUUUCUCUUUUUUACAAUUUACUGUAAUGUGUUAAAGUAGCCUUGUUUGUGUAUGAUCUAUAUAAUCAGUGUUAAAGUAUACUAAUUAAAGAGCAAGUUACUUGGA